UAAAAACAUUACUUUCCUUCUGACGCAGUCUGGUAAAAAUUAAAUUAAUUAGCUGUCAUCAAUUUUCAUCGUCAUUUGUCAUUGUCAAUGUCAUUGUCAACUGUCAUAACCUAACCACAUAUUUUAAGAAUGGCGUCAGAUAUUUUAACAAGUCUUGAAUUGGACAAAGAAUUUCAAUCUGGCAAAAUAAUAGUAGUCAAAGAGAUAAAUGGGUGUGAUAGUGCUUUUAUAACAAGCUGUGUUCUAGGACAUUGCAUCAAAAAUAAAAAUGCAGUUUUUGUUAUAUCAAUCCACAAUUCAUUCUUGCACUACCACAAUGUAGGUCUCAAGAUGAACUAUAACUUACAGAAAUCAAUAGAUAUGGGUUUAGUUAAUUUUUAUGAACUAGGCAAAGAACUGGUUGACUGUAUAUUAGAUUUUAAUAAUCCUACUCAGGAUUUGUUGUGUAAAAUUACAGAAAAGAUUAAUGGUAUGUCCGAAAAGCAUGGGUCGGUAAAUAUAAUUUUUGAUGGGAUCUCCCAUCUGUUAGAUCUACAAUUUGAUUUGAGAGAAGUGAACCAAAUAUGUAAAGAAAUAAUUGAUUGUGUAAGGUCUUUUAAUAACUCAUUUGCACUCUUCCACUGCAUUGCAUUGGAGGAUAAUGUAACUAAUGUUCUUGCAAAUCUUCUUGCACACAAAGCAGACAUUGUAGCCGAGGUAGAGAGCCUUUCAUCAGGUCUAAGCGCUGAUGUUUCAGGCCACCUAACUUUUAAAUACCUAUACAAGAAGUAUCAGAAAGAACAUUUGCAGACAUUAGAUGUUAAAACAUUCCAAUAUCUUUAUAAAUUGUUUGACAGAGGAGUAAAAUUGCUUGCACCUGGUACUGUUUAAAUUCUUUAUGUAAAUAUUAUUACCUAUAUAUAAACAUAUGUAUUAUUGAA